AUGAAGCUGGAGGAGUGCAAAGAAGCUGAGCCCGAGAAGGCAGUGCCAGAAGUUGCUGAGGGCGAAAAGGAUGGAAAAGAGGGAAAUAAGAAGAACCAAGAGGAACCUGAGGAGGAGGAAAACAUCGAUUAUUUGAAGGAACUGGAGGAAGAACUUGAGCAGGCAGAGUAUGAUGUCUUCGAGGUUGAGGAUGACUGGGCUUUGCUGAGUUUGCGCUUUGAGCUGCACUUGCUGGCACACGCUUUCCUUCACGACUGUGGGGAUCCGGAGAGGUCUGGCAUUUAUCCAGACCAUUUGCUUUUCUACUACAGCAGGUACUUCAAGAAGGGUUUGAAUCCCAAGAACUAUGGCGUGGACAAUGUGGAGGAGCUCGUUGGCCUCGUCCGGGACGCUGUGGUCUUAAUGUGCCCACCAAAGGUCCUGGAGUCAACUUUGGCUGCUGAGCUGGAGGGCAAUGUGGAGGGCUGA